AUCUCGCUUAUUUCCAUACGUCUGGCCAUUUCCCUAAAUUACUACCUUCGAGACCUUACUCUGAACGAGGUCAUCACUCAAGAACCCCUUUGAUUCUCUUCUGUCACAGAGCCCCUUGCCUUGCAUUCCUUUAACGCCAUAAGUGACAUUUUGAGUGUUUUCGAAUUACCUCGUGAGCAGCUCUGGUAGAGGCCCAUCUCCGGAGUGUACAUCAAGUUGAUCGAUUGCGAGGCUUGGAAAAUAGAAUAGUAGCAAAGAUUCCACAAAAGUAGGAGAUAAUUAUAUGAUGACAGAAGCGAGUAGCAAUCAAGCAUCUACCGAUACUAUUAGGGACGUAACAGAAGUAGUAUCUUCGAUUGAAGAAAAGCUUUGCCAGACGAAUCCAAUACUAUCUAAGUGUUCCAUAUUUAGAGUUCCGGAUAAACUACGCAUGCAUAAUGAGAAGGAUUUCGAGCCAGAGUUGGUUUCAAUUGGUCCAUUUCACCACGGAAAGGAGAAGCUGCUACCAAUGCAAGAAAUUAAGUUAUGGUAUUUGCAUUGCCUCCUGAGUAGAGUACCAACUAAUGAAACUACUUUGAAGUGCUUUGUAGAAGCCAUUGAAAAGAUUGAGCAAGAAUGUCGUGCUUGUUACGCAGGAGAAAUUGGUUUUGUUAAAAAGGAAUUCAUAGAGAUGAUGGUAAUUGAUGGCUGCUUUAUCAUUGAAUUUUUUCGCAAAUAUUUUAGUCUGGUGCACCGAGAGGAGGAAGAUUCCGUAUUCAAUUCGUCAUGGAGAACUUGUCAAAUAAAAAGUGACUUGUUUCUGCUUGAGAAUCAGCUUCCUUGGCGGGUGCUGGAAUGUUUAUUCAGCAUGACCAGAUCAAAUGAUCAAGGGAUGUCCCUGUCUGAUCUUAUCCUAUCUAAUCUUACCGGUUUGCAGGAACCUCAUGGUAACGACCAAAACAGGCAUUUACUUGUCGGUUUGCAGGACUCUCAUGGUAUCCUCCAAAUCAAGCAUUUACUUGACUGCUACCGAAACAAAUUUGUUGGAUCUUUCGGCUGGGUAUCUAAUCUUACCGGUUUGCAGGACCCUCAUGGUAACGACCAAAACAGGCAUUUACUUGUCGGUUUGCAGGACCCUCAUGGUAACCUCCAAAACAGGCAUUUACUUGUCAGUUUGCCAGACCCUGAGCAUUUACUUGACUGCUACCGAAACAAAUUUGUUGGAUCUUUCGGCGGGGGGGCUAAUCAUAAUAAGCGUAAAUGCCCGAUUAGUGAAACGAUUCCAUCUGUGACAGAGCUUUGCCACGCUGGAGUUAUAAUCAAAAUUGGAGACAAAGGCAUGCUCAAUGUAACUUUCGAAAAUGGGGUGAUGACAAUCCCACCGAUACUUAUCACAGAGGACACAAAAUCUUUUUUCAAAAACAUGGUUGCGUUUGAACAGUGUGAAUCAACGCAAGACCAUAAAGUCGGCUCUUAUGCUUUACUUUUGCGUGACCUUAUUAGCACCAGCGAGGACGUGGAUAUUCUCAAAAGGAAAGGAAUUCUUAAAAGCUUUUUGAGAACUGAGGACACAUUAACUUUCAUCAACAGGCUUGGUAGUGAUGCUGCCUACGGUGAUUUCCUUUACUCAAAUCUCUGUCCCAAUGUGCAAGCAUUUUGUAAUGUGCGUUGGAACUUAUCGAAGGCAGCAUUGAAGCGUGACUAUUUCACCAAUACACAGGCGUUGGUGUCUACCUAUUUUGCAAUCAUUGGUCUAAUUUUGACCAUUUUACAAACCACAAUUUCUAUACGGCAAAUGUAACAAGGUUAGAAUAUAUGAU